UCGCAGUUCUGUGCGGAGAAAAUCGCUCAGCCACACCUCCAGGUUUUCAGAGCCUUGUGGUCGUCCGCUUCCUCCCCGCGAAAAAGAUGGCGAACGUUGUCCAGUUCUCCCACUCGAUGCAGGGCCAGGCAGGCUUACCGAGUUAUGAGCAGCUGAAGGAGGAGCAUGAUCUGGGAAUCCUCGAGGCUCCCGGGGUGCCGGCUGGGGCCACGGUGGUCCGCAUGCACUCGCCGCAGGUCUAUACAACGCCGCCCCGCGACCAUAUCAUUUGGUCCCUCUGCACCACCAUAUACUUCAACACUUUCUGCCUUGGGUUUUUGGCGUUGUUUUUUUCCGUUAAGGCCAGAGAUCGCAAAGUGAUUGGGGACUACAAUAGUGCUGCCAGCUACGGCUCUACUGCCAAGUGCCUGAACCUUAUUGCUCUUCUGCUGAAUAUCCUGGCGGUUGUCAUUAUCAUUGUUGUUUUUUGCAAUAGUGAUACCGAAUAUUCACCCUCACCCUCAAUGAACCACGCACCAGCAUAAUUUCCUUUUGAAAAUUACUCUCCUCCUGUCCUUGAUACAAGAGCUUCUGCUCCUAUACCUUUGUCCCUUCACCCCUAAUCCUAAUGUGUUGUUGUUUGAAAACAGCCCUUGCUUUGAGAAACUAGUGGUGUACAACAAUUCCAACAAUGGCUCUCUUGCCAUUGCCAACUUGGAAGUGGCCAAAGGUUCAUCUCAAGAGCUGGAAUGUAUAAUUGAAUUACUUGUGUGAUUUCAGUCUGUUUCUUAAAUAUUGCACAUGGCUUUGCUGCCUCUUUGGCACUUCUGGCUUAUUUUUCUACUGGUUAUUCUCAGGCAGCCUUUUCUUCAAUUGAAUGAUACUGAUCUGGAAGGACCAUGGUGUAACCUGAGGGAAAGUAUCACUCUGUGGAGGGUUUCCCCCCCCCCCCAUGACUUUUGUAAUAGAAAAUGCUUUUAGAGGUUGUGUUGUUAUAUUCUAAAACAAUUAUUCAUUUUUUCAAAUAAAUUGUAUGGACUUUG